GGUUAAUUACCGGACAGGAUACUACUAGCUCAUCGUCGUCGGCCAUCCGCAGUACUCCACCCACCGAAUCGGCGAUCACCACGUGCAAAUCCUUCCUCAACCACCCGACUAGUCCACCCACGGCGCACCCUCCGAGCUUAAAAGCCUUCCUAAUCUCCCCCCACCCCUCCCUCACCCAGAUCCCAACAGGCAAACAGCCAGUCGGAUCCACCUCCACUUCCACUCCAUGGAGGGGCUCAUCAAGGGGUUGGUCAAGGUGGCGAUCGACGCCGUGGAAGGUGCCCCGCGGGAGCGGGACGACGGCGGCGACGAGGCGCGGAGGAGCCACCGCCCGGCGCGGGACGACCAAGAGGAGGAAGAGGGCCGCGAGCAGCGGGACCGUUCGACGUGGGCCGAGGUCGUCUCCGAUCAGAAGGGCGGCGAGCCAGAGGAGGAGCGCCGGGGCCCUCGGCCCGCCAGGAGGGAGGAGAGGAGGAAUGAUGAGGGUUGGGAGAAGGUGGGGGGCCGACAGCAGCAGCAGCAUCCAUCCGCGGAUGGUGAUUUUCGCAGCCAGGGGGAGGAUAGGAGGGGUGGUGGCAGCCGGCCACCGCAGCAGCAGGCGGCAGGAUACAGGAGGCAACAACAGGAGGGAGAAGAAAGAAAUGAUGGAGGUUGGGAGACAGUAGGGGAGAAAAAGCAUCACGGAAGACCAUGUCAGUCUGAAGCAUGGAACACAUACAAAAGGCCACCAUCUGAACAACAGUACUCUCAAGAUGUUGGUCAGAUCCACCAUGGCCUAAAUGUAGAGCCUACAAGGGAGGAGCUCAACAGCUUGUCGGAAGCAUGUGACCGGCUGUGGGAGCUUGAUCUGAACCGUCUUGUUCCCGGUAAGGACUACAGAAUUGAAUGUGGAGAGGGAAAGAAGGUUUAUCAGAAGGAUGAUAUGGCAUCUGAAAAUUUGUUCAGCUGGCUAGACGAUGAUGUGCUUACCAAGCCCACCUACUCUCGCUUCUGUGCGCUUCUUGACAAUUACAAUCCACACCAAGGAUACAAAGAAGUUGUUACUGAGCAGGACAAGCACGAAGAAGUAGCAUUUAUCGAAGAGAUUGCCAGGACAGCACCGAUCAAGUACCUGCACCGGUAUUUAGUGCUGAAGGGAGUUUCAUCUCAAGACUAUGACGACUUCAAGACAAUGUUGAAAUCCCUUUGGUUUAAUUUGUAUGGAAGAUGUGGCAACUCUAGCAGCUCUUCUGCAUUUGAGCAUGUGUUUGUUGGUGAGACAAAAGGACAGAGACAAGGAGAGAAUGAGGUCUCGGGCUUCCAUAACUGGAUUCAGUUUUAUCUGGAAGAAGCCAAGGGAAAUGUGGACUACCAAGGUUACAUAUUCCCAAGGCGACGUGGGGAAUCGCCUGAUUCAGAGACACAGUUACUGACCAUUCAGUUUGAGUGGCACGGCGUUCUGAAGUCUGUAUCAAGCUCUUUGAUUGGUGUUAGCCCUGAGUUUGAGCUUGCACUCUACACACUGUGCUUCUUUAUGGGAGGGGAGGAUAACCGCGUCGAUAUUGGCCCAUACACAGUGAACGUCAAGUGCUACCGCAUGGGGAACAACAAGAUUGGAUCAGCCUUUCCUAUUGCAGAGAAUUGAUUCAUGUGGUUGUGACCUGCUUAUGCAGGUUUGUAAUUCUUCGAUUUCUAAUUUCCUAUUCACUUUUUUGUAAGGGGAUUCCUAUUCACUUUUGUGAAAUGGUAUUGUUGCGCUACUUACUACUAUAUUAGUAUACACCAUUGAAGGGGCUGUUGAUUGAGAUGAAA